CAGGCUCCGCCCCCCUGCGUGUUCCCCAGAUCUCCCAGCUCUCUGAUCCACUCAGCAGUUCGGAGCUCCGAGGCCCCCGGAGAGCAGACAUGUUUACCUGCAGAGCGGCCUGGCAGCGGUGUGGGCCCCUGGCCCGGAGAGCGGCCUACAGGAGGCCCCUGGACGGCGUGCAGCGGCGGCCCAUGUCGUCAGUCCCUGGCGGUUCCGGGGAGAACAUCCUGUACACCGUGCUGUGUGGCGGAGCGCUGGUCGGCGCGCUGUCCUACGGAUAUGUGACCGUCACCUCGGACCAUGCCAGGUUCAACGAGCGCAUCAGUGAAAUCAGAGCCCGGCCAAAGACGGACUGGACCCCUAAACCCUGGCCGCCUAAAGGAAAAGAUGAAGAUGAAGAUGUAGAGGCUGAAGCUGAGGAAGAGGAGGCCGCUGCUGAGGCAGAGGCCGUAGUGGAGGAAGCAGCUGAGGCUGAGGCCGCUGAGGCGGUCGCUGAGGCCGACGCCGAGGUGACACAGGAAGCGGAGGCAGCUGCAGAGGAAGUGGCCGAGGCGGUGGAAGACGCCGUUCAGGCCGUGGCGGAACCCGCCGAGGCCGGCGCCGAGGAGACCCAAAGCGAUGGUACGAGCUCUUAAUCUGAGGAAGCCUGAGGUUCCUCUCAUUCACUGCAGGGAGACGCACACGGCAGACCGCUUAGCAUCCACACUCGACCAGCAUCACAGGGAGCAAAGGGACCAGUCCCAGUUGGUAGAACCAGUAGAGGCUAGCCAACCGGCCUCACCUCCUAAUGCACAUCCUCUCUUGUUGUCCUUAAAGUGUAUAUUUGCUUUUUAAUUUAUUGGAGCGGGUGCUGCUGACGGGGAUCUGUGGGGUGUGCAGUGUAGACCGCCGUGCAUCUGAUCUUCUGGUUCUUUCCUUUGUUUUUUUUGCUCCGUUAAAAAGCACAAACUCUCCGAGGUAAAUCUGCACUUUCCUUCCCGGCCGUGAGCUCUCAUGCAAUGCUCAUUUGCAGUUAUGGGUGAAAUAAAUGUGAUCACUCAACAAGCCUCACCAUAUGCCUCCAACUUUAACCCUCAGCAGCAUAUGGGCCCAAAUUUCCAACGCCGUUAGCUGGUAAGGAAACACCUUUAGCCAUUUUGUUCCAAUGCUCUGAGUGGCGUUGGCUAAGAUUUGACCAAACGCUGUUUUUCUUUGCUUUAAGCGUCUGUAAGCUGCUGUUCUGAUAUCACAGCAUACAUGUAUGGAUGUUUAGCUCUGGCUGUGAUACACCUGUGUCUUCAUGCAAUGUUCCCACUCUGUAACAGUGUGUUCUUCUCUAAUGUCACGACAAAUGCUGUGAAUCAUUCAUUCUAGGUUUACAAACCAAUCCACAUCAAUAAUGUGAUCAUAUUUCUAUUUUGCUUAUAACUGGACAAUGAGCACUGUGAACAGAUAUUAUUUCAUCAGGUCUACAAUAAAGUCUUUGUUAAAUGAAGAU